AUGAAGGCUGCAGGAGAGUCCACAGGCCAGGGAAUAAAGUUACGACAGUCCUACACAGGCAUCUAUGACAACUUCAACAUCUAUCGCAUCACAAAUGACACACGUCUAGACAACAGAAGCGGGAUCGGAAAUGGAACUACGACUAUCUUGGUCACUGGACACCCAGCGGAUGAUGAUCGACAUGCUCUGUAUCAAAAACUUUGUCUCAAAGAUCUUUUGAUUCAACCUUCAAGUGACCACCAUUUCGACAUUGUGUGCCAAUUUCGCUUACUAGCAUUUCUAAAGCGAGACUACAAGAAAGGAGCUAGAGACAUGAGAAACGACGCACCCGUUAUUGAUUGCAUCGAAGUCAAGGAAUUGGAGACAUUUCCUCUACCAUCAAUGGAUAUCGAUGACCUAAUUCUUUGCAACCGUCACGGCUCGAUCAAGACUGCAGGCCCGCUUGCCUACUACGCAAGUAAUCUGAAACGGAAGAUCUCCCUCGAAAAAUUUAACUUUAAUGCUAUACAUGAUUUUGCAAGGCAUGUUUUUGAGGCAGUUGUGUUGAGAGCGUGGGACAAAGAGUUGGGAGGCGACGACGAAGGCAAAGAAGUAGGAAUUGACACAAACUUCGCCACAUUGGCCGGCGAUAUCACGCGAGAGUAUAUUUCAACUACUGAGCAUUUUAAGGCUUUCAAGAAAUACAGCUUGUUCCUUCGAGACGCGAUGCUUUAUAUUGACCUUUCAUUGGCUAUCAAGGUAGGCGAAUAG